CUCCAUCAGUGGCAGAUGGACAAUACUAGGAUGAACUCCUUCUUGGAGUAUGCAAUUUGUAACCGUGGGACGGGCGCCUACCACCAUUUAGAGCAAAGCUCCCCUUCCUUCCCCUCUUGCUCAGGUAGCCCCGCCAGUGACACUUUUAACGGGGACGGGCGCUUUGGCGUGGGGGGGAGCGCGGCCGCCCCUCUGCCCCAGCCGAACCCCGGCUGCCCCCCGCCCUCCGCCGGCCGCCCCGGCCCCUUCGCGGCCGCUGCCCCCGCCGUCGGGUACCCGGCCCAGACCUGCAGCCCCAGCUACGGGCACCCGCAGCUGUACCUCGGGCAUCAGGACGCGGAUGGGCUGUACUUCCCAGCGGCCGGGUACUCGGCCAGCGCGGGCUCCAGCCUCAGCUCCCUGGCAGAGAGUUACUGCGGGCCGGUGGCCGCUGGCCAGUACCAGCAGCAGCACCUUUACGGGCAGGAACAGCCCAGCUACUUGCCCGGCGUUUACAGCAACCUCUCGCCUUCUUUAAACGAGGACAAAGAGCCUGCGUGUCCCUCCGAGCCGGGCCCCAACGCCACGCAGACCUUCGACUGGAUGAAAGUGAAGAGGAACCCACCCAAGACAGCCAAAGUGUCGGAGUACGGACUGCUGGGCCAGCCCAACACCAUCCGCACCAACUUCACCACCAAGCAGCUGACGGAGCUGGAGAAGGAGUUUCACUUUAACAAGUACCUGACCCGGGCCCGAAGGGUGGAAAUCGCCGCUACUCUAGAGCUCAACGAAACCCAGGUCAAGAUCUGGUUCCAGAACAGGCGGAUGAAGCAGAAGAAGAGGGAAAAAGAAGGUCUUGCCCCGGCUGCUGCCUCCAGGGCUGCAAAGGAAGCAAGUGAAGCCUCAGAUCAGUCCAACUGCACCUCACCUGAGGCCUCCCCCAGCUCCGUGUCCUCCUGAGCCGUGUCCCCCCGGGACACAGGACCAGCUGCUCCCUGCACACCCGGCAGACAUACACACGGACACGCGAGGUCACGCAGCCUCCACGCUGUCCCUUUGGCCGUCUCCACACGUGUGAUACCAAUUCCCCCACUUGCAUUUCUCUCUCUUAAUUUAUAGACCCUCUGUCAAACACUGGACUCCAAAGGAGCAGCCGUGUCCUCGUACAUCCUUAGCAAUAGGCGUUUGGCUC